CAACAGCGACCAGACCUACAUGCUCCUAUCCUGACCAUCGACCUCAUCAAGCCAGAACUGGUCACUCCGGGCUACAUCUUCCUCGCACCCUACCGCAAUCUCGACCCAGCACCAUACAUCUACGACAAUUAUGGCAACCUCGUCUGGUCCGGCGCCGGCUCCGGUGGUCCGAAAACCGCCCAUGCUCCUCGAGUAUGCACGUACAAGGGCACCGACCACCUCUGCUUCUUCCAAGGCGAACAACAAAAAGGCUUCGCGCGCGGCCACGGCGUGAUCAUGGACCAAACCUACCGCGUCGUCAAAACCGUCGAGAGCACCGGCGCGGGCGCCAGCAGUGACAUGCACGAAUUCAAACUCACGCCGUUCUCCAACGGCACCACCGCGUUGAUGACCGUCUAUCAACCUCGCCGCUACGACCUGACGGCGAAUCCGCGCUUCAACAUCCGCAAUGGACUCGGCUGGAUCGUCGAAGGCGUGUUCCAGGAAGUCGACAUCGAGACUGGAGCUCUGAUCUUCGAAUGGCGUUCGCUCGACCAUGUCGAUCCUUCCGCCGCUUGGACCUUGCCCGGCACGACCGACACUUCCGGGGAUGGUUUGACCCAGCAAACGCCCUGGGACUACUUCCACCUCAACUCGAUCGACAAGAAUGCUGAUGGAGACUACCUCCUCUCUGCCCGACACGUGAGCGCGGUGUACAAGGUGUCCGGCGAGGACGGGCACAUCAUCUGGCAACUCGGGGGGAAUUGUCCUUCUUUCGAACAGACGAACUUUGCCUUUUCGUACCAACAUCAUGCUCGGUGGAUCUCCGAGAACGCAACUCAUACCCUGCUCUCCCUCUUCGACAACGCCAGCAACAACUACAACUGGACCGGCCCGGAGUCUUCCGGGAUAAUCCUCUCCAUCAACCACAUCGACCUCACCGCCACGAAAAUCCAAUCCUACGCCCCACCUUCUCCGAAUCUCAUCUCCUCUUCCCAAGGCUCCUUUCAAAUCCUCCCCGACAAUGGAGGAGCCCUCAUCGUCUGGGGCGAGCACGCGCACUUCACCGAACAUACGUCGACGGGAGAGAUUGUGUUGUCGGGAAAGUUGGCCGAUCGACUAUCGGACGUGAUGAUCUAUCGGAGUCAUAAGUUUCCAUGGGUGGGAAGACCACUGACCUCCCCUGCGCUGUACGCUUUCUCUCGGGAUGGGGAGGAGGAAAAGGCGAGGACGACGUUCUGGGCGAGUUGGAAUGGAGCGACGGAAGUGGUGCGGUGGGAAUUGUGGACUGCGGAUGAGAGAGGUGGGCCGUGGGGGAAUUAUGGCAGUGCGGAUAGAGAGGGAAGAUUCGAGACGGAGUUUUUCAUCGAGAGGUUUGAACGGUGGGGGUUUGUGGUUGCGAGGGAUGGUGGAGGGAGGGAGUUGGGGAGGAGUGCGGUCGUGAAGACGUUUGUCCCGAGUGCUGGGUUGAGGCAAUAUUGUGACGAGCGGGAUUGUGCUGCCGCGAGGGGUUUGGAGGAAGGAGAGGAGGUGGUGCCGUAUGAGGCGGAAGACAGCACGAGGGAAGGAGAGAGGACGACCGAUCGGGGGUAUGAUACGGCGCAUUAUUACGAUGUUGCGGGGUUCGAGGUGGAAGAAGUGGAGGGGAGGAGGAGGAGGAGGAGGGAGGAGAAGUGGGUCGUGGCGUUGGGGGUGGUGAUUGGGAUUGGGGUGGUUUGGGGAGCGCUUGCGGUGUGGAGGGUGGGUGGAUGGAGGAGGGUGUUGGCGAGGAAGGGAGGAGCGGUGGAUUGGAGUGUUUGGUGGAGGUGGAAUCGGUAUGCGAGGUUGAAGCAGGAGGAUUGGUGGGAGGGAAAGGGCGUGUUGUAG